CCUCUCUGAAUGUUCUCCUUUGUGCUUGAACUGUCAGCACCGCCCAGAACAGCCCCCGGGGCGCCGCCGCCUGCGAGUAGUUGCAGUGCUUUGCCCGCCGGCGGACACUUGAUUUCACAGCAGCCUUUGCUGCUCAACAGUUCCGGGACGUUACAGGCACUUUCUGGUCACGUGCGCCGCUGCGCAUGCGCAUGCAUCUAGGAUAAGAAAGCGGCUGCCAGGCUGACUCCAUUUCCCAGUAUCCUCACUGGUGUUGCGGCGCAUAAUGGGGGUUGUAGUUCCGCCGCUUUUCGAGCUGGUCCAGCUACAUCGACUGGCAGGAUGUCGGAGGUGCGGCUGCCACCGCUUCGCCCCCUGGACGACUUCGUUCUGGGGUCGACGCGUCUGGCGGCCCCGGAUCCCUGCGACCCGCAGCGAUGGUGUCACCGCGUCAUCAACAAUCUCCUCUACUACCAAACCAACUACCUUAUGUGCUUCGCCUUCGGUCUCGCUGUGGCCGGGUACCUGCGCCCGCUGCACACCCUCCUAAGUGCGCUGAUAGUGGCAGUGGCCCUUGGUGUGCUGGUGUGGGCGGCUGAGACCCGCGCAACCGUGCGCCGCUGCCGCCGCAGCCACCCGGCUGCCUGCCUGGCCGCAGUGCUUGCCGUCAGCCUCCUUGUUCUUUGGGCGGUGGGCGGCGCUUACACCUUCCUGCUCAGCAUCGCGGGGCCAGUGCUUCUGAUCCUGGUGCACGCCUCCCUGCGCCUGCGCAACCUCAAGAACAAGAUUGAGAACAAAAUCGAGAGCAUUGGUCUCAAGCGGACGCCAAUGGGGCUGCUACUGGAGGCGCUGGGACAAGAGCAGGAGGCUGGAUCAUAGGGGCCUGAGAUCUGUACUCAAGAUCUGGAGAAUGCCACUCCCAUCCCAGCCCAUACCCGGGACCCAGAGCCCUUUCCCAGCCCUUUUAAUAGGCAACGCCUGCCUAGUAAAAAAGGACAUCUGUGACCUUCCUCCCAGGUCCAAAACUGGGUAUCCCUCAUACCCAGCCCCCAUUACCUAGGUGACUAGUCUUCCCUGUCCCUGUACUUGGGACCCAGAGCCACCCACAUCCAGCCCAAAACUGGGGCUUGGAGACCAGAACAUCCAUGGCCAGCCUCAAACUCUGGAUCCAGAAAUACUCCUGUCCCUAAGCCCCCAAUCUGGGACCCACCUGUCUUCCAUGUUGAGCCCCAGAGCUGGGGUCUGCGACCAAGGCAUUUUUCAAAUCUUGAACCCUGGACCAAAGCUUUUCCAGACCCCAACCCAGCUUUGAACCCAGGUCAGGGCAUUGCCAAAUCUUGACUCUAGCACCCAAGUGCUCCCAGGCCCCAUCUGAGUGGAGGAUUCAGGUAUCCUGCUCCCAGGUGACCCAAUUCCAGUCCCAACUGCUUCCCUCCAGUUCUGCUUGGGGAUUCUGCAUGUGCGUGUGUGUGCACACACACACACUCACGCACAACACACCCAAAGUUCCACAGUGGCAAGGACCAAAGGGUAGGGUGGGGGGUAUCCCUGAUUGGAAAUGGGGCAUAUAUAUCUAUGUUGCUACGACAAUAAAGGUUGUUGGAUAGCUUAAGUGAA